AUGUCUUUCCCCACAACCCCAGUAUUCCUAAGCGCAACUAAAGGCUGGGAGCAGGCACGCAUCCACCCAGCUCUAGCCUGGAUGGAAAAAUGCACGAUUGCCUGGGACACACGCGAGAGCUGGUCAACACCCUGGUCGGACUGGGUCGCGGACGAUUACACAUACAUUAAGUCCAACGGCGAACGGUUCACGGGCGGCGAAUCCGCCUGGGAGGCGACCAAGGCUGAUUACAGUGCAUUCAAGUUAUCCUACCAUGAACCGAAGUGGGUGUGCGUUGCAGAGAAGGCAGAUGGAUGGGAAUUUAUCGGCGAGGCGACACUCUUCAUUGACCUCCCGAAGGAAAGUGAUACGAAGAAAGUGACAGAUUUGGAUGGCCGACGUUGGGACUUGGGUGUGGGGUCCAUGUUUCGGUUCAACUUUGUUAAGGAUUGGACUGCUAAGCAUGAUGGGAUUAAAAUUAAGAGCUUACAGAUGUAUAGCGAUAGUGGACCGGUUGUGGCGGAGAUGUUAAGGAGGGGGAUUAUGAAAACGGAGGAUCUUUUGAGAUGA